CUUGCCAGGGAAAGUCGAAAUCAUAGGGAUUCUUCUACUGCUGCUGUUUUCCUUGUCAUACCUUUCGUUCACUUCUGUGAAAUCCCUUUUGUCCUUUUCUUACUUUAGCAUCUUCUGUUCUUUGUUUCAUAUAUAUUUUUCUCGGCUUCUUUUUGUUUCUUCGCCCAAUUUCUGCAUGGUUUUUUUCUGAGCUUAAACAUCUCGUCUCUCCAGAUUGACAAUAGAGAGCCUGAAUUCUGGCUGAUUUUUCGUGUGUAUAAUUGAGAAUCAGAAGAAAAGGGGUCUGAGUGUCUGUAAUUUGUAUAGCAUUAGGCUUUAUUGCAGUGAUUGGGGGAGUUAAAUUAUGUAAGCUGCUUAAUUACUUCAUCGGGGCCCUGUUGGAGAAGAGAAUUCUAUGUCGAAUUGGAGUUAGGUUAAACAAGCCGCCUUUCUUUUGUUUUUGUUGGGGGUGUUGGAGAAAAGUACUCUGGAUUCAUCUGUGUUCUGAUUUUGUAUAAGCCAAUUAUAAUUGGAAGGGAAAACAUGGGAAGGGCAACACCGGUUCUUUUGGUUCUCUUAUCUCUCGGAUUUUUCUUUGUGACGUAUAAUUUGAUAACAAUCGUUCACUACAGAGCAGUGGGUUCUGGAAAGCAGACUGUUAGUACUCGGGAGACUCCAUCCCUGAUUGAUCCUGUCAUUCAGAUGCCUCUGUAUGCACGAAAAGUAAAGAAGGAAAGGUUGCUUUUUCAUGUUGCAUUAACGGCAACUGAUGCUCCUUAUAGUAAAUGGCAGUGUCGCAUAAUGUACUACUGGUACAAGAAGAAGAAGGAUUUACCUGGAUCUGAGAUGGGUAAGUUUACUCGGAUUUUGCAUUCAGGAAGUCCUGACAAUUUAAUGGACGAGAUUCCUACAUUUGUUGUGGAUCCUCUUCCCAAAGGUUUAGAUCAGGGUUAUGUCGUUCUUAAUAGACCAUGGGCAUUUGUGCAAUGGCUUGAGAAGGCUACCAUUGAUGAAGAAUACAUACUUAUGGCAGAGCCAGAUCAUAUAUUUCUAAAUCCACUGCCCAAUCUGGCUCAUCAUGAAUUUCCAGCUGCGUUCCCCUUUUUCUACAUCAAACCUACUGAAAAUGAGCACAUCAUCAGAAAGUUUUUCCCUGAGGAGAGUGGCCCUGUUAGUAAUGUUGAUCCAAUUGGAAAUUCUCCUGUCAUAAUUAAAAAGGAUUUGCUGGAGAAAAUUUCACCUACGUGGAUGAAUGUUUCCUUGAGGAUGAAAAAUGAUGCUGAGACUGACAAAACUUUUGGAUGGGUACUAGAAAUGUAUGCAUACGCUGUAGCCUCUGCUUUGCAUGGUGUGCAGCAUAUUCUUUGGAAAGACUUCAUGUUACAGCCACCAUGGGAUCUAGAAACCAGGAACAAGUUUAUCCUCCAUUACACUUACGGUUGUGACUACAACAUGAAGGGUGAGCUGACAUAUGGAAAAAUUGGAGAGUGGAGAUUUGACAAAAGGUCACAUCUCACUGGUCCUCCACCAAAAAAUAUCUCCUUGCCUCCACCUGGUGUUCCUGAGAGUGUGGUCACUCUUGUAAAGAUGGUGAAUGAAGCUACUGGCAACCUUCCGAAUUGGGAGACAACAUAGAAACUUGGUCUAUUGACGAAUUGAGCCUCUGGGAACUCCUGUUACCAGAUGAUGGAAUACUUUACAUGAGCGUCUAAGUCAGAGGUUGUAUACUAGUAAAGAAAUAGUUUACAGCUCAUACAGUAGGUAACGUAGUUAGGACACACAAAUUUUGUCAUCUGGAGUACAUUUACUAAAAUGAGUAAAAUGAAAAGAGGAAACUUUUAAUUGAGUAAA